AUUUGUAGUUCGAGUUCAAAAGUUAGCUUAUCAUUUGUAUGGGGUGAGGACUUCGGACUUCAGAGGACAUUUCAUCUCACAUCAUGAGCCAAGCAAACACAUCGGUUCGAAGCAUCCUGCGGACCGCCGAGUCCAAAGCGGCGUCGCGAACAAGUUCUUCAGCAGUGCUCAAUCCAUCCAAGGAUGAGUGUCACACUCCCGCGUCCAUCUCCAAGUGGCGCCGUCGCGAGAUUGUCGGACCCACGACACCCAUUACAGGGGUCACGCUGUGCUCUCCGCGACGUGUGACCUUUUCACCGUACGUUCCCAUCCCUCGCCCGAAGCCUUCCAAGCCGACAACGAAGCCUGAGCUAAAUGGCUCGACAAUCCUGGAAGAUGACGAAUCGAAUGUGGCGGAAAAGGAAACCGUCAAACGACUACGCCGCCUGCGCAUGCGCUACGCGUUGGCCAAGCGCGAGUCUCUCGCCACUCGUCUCCGCCGCCGUCUCGUCUCUCUCUGGACCGGGGUCUCGCCUUCACUCCUCACCCCAGGGACAUCGAUCCCCAUUGCGACUACAGCUACGACAGGACCCGUGCUGGACUUGUGGGCCAUCGAUCAAGCAUACAUCGAACGCCAGAAUCGGCUCAUGGCAACACGCCUCCAUGCGAGGCGCGCCCCCGCCCCAACUGCAUCGGUACAUUCGACGCCGAUUUCACUGCAGUUCAAAGGUGCAUUUGAUGCCCUCGUUGCUCCUGCCGACGUGCCUGUGGAUGAUUCUGCUGCGAUUGUCCUCGCCAACGAACUGCCGGGGGUGCGCCGACGACGACGCUAAUAUAGAAGUCUUUCAAGCGUCCUGUGCUAUACUAGAUUGAAUUUAUUAUGCUAAAGCAAGAAGAAUCCGUCAUAACACUCCGUCAUGUACUGUAGUAGUGCUUACUACCUUGACAUUAUCAACUCUCAACCAUACAGCGCAAUGUACACUGUACCGUACAGUAGCUGUAAAGUAGAUUUGAGUGUUUCCCUCCCCCAACUAGGAAUCACUUUGAUGCAGGAUACAUGUGCAUCUACCUAGUCCGCUUUGGGCUUGACUGGUUGGCCAAACACAAGCCGACGUAGAAUCUGCAAUGGCACGACCACGACCACGACCACAUUCACAAGCACACUUGCGAAGAACACAGUCAUGAUGGCGAACAGCGCCAUGACGCGGACCAUAACGCUUCCCGGGCUCACGGCGUGGAUGGGUUCGCACCCGGUGUUCUCGGCCGGUUCGCCAAACUUGGUCGACGGGAACACCGUCUGCAGCUUGACGCGGCCGCGCACGUCCUUGACCGACACGACAGCCGUGGGCGGCGAUGUCGUCCAGUCAAAUUGGACGUCGCCAAAGUUGAGGCCCCCAAAGUGCGCGCGCCGGUUGAGGCGGUAGUGCCACGGCAGCAGCGCGUUCGACACGGUGUACCAGAACGCCGACGCCAAGUGGAAUGGACUGAUGGUCCACUCCAAAGCUGAGUGCGUCAACCCCGACGACGUCACUUCUGUCAGCUUGAACGCGUUCGUGGCCCCGCACUGGACUUGGUUGAUUUCCGCAAACUCGACGUUGCCACUAUACAUGAAAACAUAGUUUGGGUCACACCCCACACAAAACCACGUAUUCACAAAAGGAGUGCCAAAACGAGACCUACAAUUCACAAAAGAAGGACAUGUACUAACA